AUGAGCGACGAGGAGAGAUUGGUGGAUCCGGGCGUCAGAAUUGAGAUUAAGGGGGAGUAUGAUGCAGAUGAGAAUAUACCUCAUAAUAGAAAGGAAAUUACGAAAAUUGUGUGUUCUCCGAGAUUAAAUUAUGUUGCGACUUGGAGCGAUUACGACAGGACAGCUUACAUAUAUCAUAUCGCCGAAAGAAACAAUCAUCUAUCGCAUUAUGAAGAUUUAUUCGAUGUCAGUGUACUCGGAGAGGACCUCUUGGAUGCGGAGCUAUCAGAUUUGUCAGACUCCAAGGAUAUUGUUUUGAGAACUAAUCGUGACGCAGUACUAGUUAACUUGACGAGCAAAAGAAGGACUAUACUAAAAACCUCCAACAAUAAAGCGGAAAUAAUAAAAAGUACAUUUCUCACGGACGGGGAUUAUGUGAUGAUUGAGACCGAUUACUCAAUCACGACCGGCUACCUAUUCUCGAUUUUGGAUGGGAAGCUUAAAAAUGAAUUUAAAGUUCCCGAACAAGAUGCUGAUAAUAUUAAACUUGAUGUCAAUGGAAAAAUUUUUAUAUAUAAUCGCGCCGUACACAUUCUCAUGCAAUGGGACAUAAAAACUUUAAAGCUUGAGAAACAAUGGGUCUUACGAUGGAAUUUUUCGCCACAUAAUCUGAAUUUUGUAACGAAUGAAAGUUCCACUCUUUUGGCAAUUUGGAAAUACGAAUUUAUAUAUAUCUAUUCGAUCGAAACGCAGUUUAUAGUGGCUUCUGGUUCUAUUGAUGGUGACAUAAAAGUGUGUCACUUUCUUUCUCCUGGCAUCGGGGAACGUCUGUUCGUCAUCUACUAUAAGAAAUAUAGGAUGCAUUUUUCUUUAUUGGAUCCUUAUACUCUCGUUAAUCCGACGGAUGCCAGAAAGUUGAUAAAUCUUGAAUCCAACAAUUAUUCUAGCGUCGAACUAGCUUGGCCGUAUGUAAUUAAGGACAAUAGAUAUUUCUAUGUUUUUGAAGGGGAAUUGUACAUUCGGAAAUUGGCUGGGGGAAAUUGGAUCGAAUAUUUGUGGAGUGAGCUGGGUGAUUUUAACCAAAUCAGUGUGCAUCCACUUGAAAAGAAGGAAGAAAAUUUAAUGUGGGCUUUAUUAAGCAAAAUCCAUAAUUCGCUGGUGGACAAAAGUAAUCUGGAUUUUAUAAAGGAUUCGGAUACUUACAGAGGGUCUUCGUAUCAAUGGAAUGUCGAAUUCGCGUCCGAUAAGAUUUUGCUCAGCGCAAAAAGGUACGAUCGCGUCAACCAAGAGUGGAGACCGGUCGAAGAUAGUCAUAACACAUACUUGUUUAAAUCCGAACAUAGCCAUAUGUGUAAGACGAGUGAAUAUGUCAUUGCAAUCCAACUCACCGAAAAAGAAGAUUUACUGAUAGUUACACGCAGCGGGAUAUUUAUUUGGACCGUUGAUUCCGAGGACGACAUACAGUUGCGACAUUUCUGGAAACCUGCUCACAAAAAGAGUGACGAGAAAAUUUUUUUUCACGAACUCACACCAAACUACUACGCACUUGUGACAAAAAAACUUGAUUAUAAAAUUCAGAGUGACUCGGAGUUGGUCAAAGAUUUCAGAGAUCUGUUUAAGACGGGCCUUCACGGAAAAUAUAUAAUGGGAGAAUUGUUAAAUUCAAAUAAGACCGAAUUAAUUGAAAAAAUGUUGGACUCCCUCGUUCAAUUCACCAUUGAAGAUGGCGAGAUCUCGAAUAUUCAACUAUUAAGCAUCGUCGCCGAAUACUUUGUCCAAUUAUCACAAAACUAUCCUGACAUCAUCAACAAAUUUUUGGCCCAGGUUGCUUUCUUUGUACCCGGGGACAAUCCCCCAUUCGAAAUAGUUGAACACGAUUCCACAUCUAAACAUCGACAACAUUUUGGCGAAUAUAUUAAUCUUUCUUCGGUCAAUCCAUUAAACAGGCUCACUCUUUUUAUGCGUAAGACCGUUUUCACGAGACUUGUGUUGGCAUCGUCGAAGAGAUUUCUAGCAUUUUUCACCAACACCAUUUUUCAAGUGGAGGAAAAAAAAUCCACCAUUAAAUUGGUUUUUCCUUUACCCGGUCUUACCUGCUAUCCCUCAGAAUAUGUAACAUUAAAAGAGUUGCUCGCCCCGCAGGUUAACAGUUUUACCGAGUAUGAUAAGCUCGAUUUGUACAGAUGGUGGAACGGGGAAGCGUUGCUGGAUUUCAAAUGGAAUACCUAUGGAAGAAAGUAUUACUUGUUUAUCUGGUUUAUUUACACGAUAUUUCUCGUAUGUUUUGUAAUGGCAGUGACUCUGUCAACUCAAAUGAGUUGGAGCACUCUACGAAAUCUCUUUGUUGCAACAAUUGUGCUUGGGUCAUGGCAUCUUAUUUUUGAAAUUCGUCAACUUUUUUUCGACAAGAAAAAAUAUAUUUCCAGUCCAUGGAAUUACUUUGAUCUAGGCGCAUUUCUCUUCCCAAUGAUUAGUGCCUUAACAUGGCUCGAAUACGGCUCGAUCCCAAUCUGGCUGGUUACCAUCUCAACAUUAUUGCUGGAACUCAAGUUCUUGUUCUUUUUUAGAGCCAUAAGCUCCCUCGGAAUUGGAAUUUACUUUUCGAUGAUGAUAGGAGUUGCUCGUAAAGCAUUUUCCUUUAUACUUAUAUUAGGAUUUAUUUUGCUUGCAUUUGCACACUCUUUGCAUCUUCUGUUACGGCCGACCGGGAGUUAUUCUUUAACAAUCCCGAGCACUUCAGGCGAUCCAAAUGAUCCGUGGAAUUUGGUGACCCAAUUAUAUGCCAUUUCCCCGAAUGGCACCAUCGACGAAACUUCUACAUUCAUCGAUCCUCCCGAGAGCAAUACAAACAUGUUUUCCACGCUCUACACAGCAAUAUUGGCCGUCAAUGCAAUUAGCGUGACAAGCAACAAUGAAUCCUUCUUGCUUUUAAAAGCCGAGAUAUUGGCCGAAAUUGAGUUGUUUUACUUGUUACCUCAUCAGAGAAGAAAACCCAAUUGGUUUCCAGAUUUUUACGUCGUUGAAGUCAGAAAAUUAAAAGACAUCAUUAUCUCAGUUCAAAACAACAAAUAUCCUGACUCAAACUCUCCAUACAUCUCACCAAGGCUAUUGAAGUUGAUUCAGAUGAAAGAUAAAAAAGCCGAAAAGGAGAAAGAGCUCGAGGAUCACGCGCAAAAGUUUAAAGAAAACGAGGAAAGGAGGCAUAAAGAAAUCGAAGAGAUUCGAGAGUUGAUUAUGCAGUUGAGUCAGGAAAUACGGCGGGAAAAAUAG